AUGUAUAUCAAGCAAAUCAUCAUCCAGGGCUUCAAAAGCUACAAGGACCAGAUGGUCAUUGAGCCCUUCUCGCCCGGAACAAAUGUCGUCGUUGGUCGCAAUGGUUCGGGCAAAAGUAACUUCUUCGCAGCCAUCCGGUUCGUCCUGAGUGAUGCCUACACUCAACUUAGCCGAGAGGAGCGGCAGGCGUUGCUGCACGAGGGUUCCGGAUCGGCCGUCAUGUCUGCAUAUGUCGAGAUCAUUUUUGAUAACAGUGACAACCGAUUUCCCACCGAUCACAAGGAGGUCGUCCUCCGUCGUACCAUCAGCUUGAAAAAGGACGAAUAUUCGAUCGACAAGAAGGUGACAACACUCAAGGAAGUCAACCAGUUCCUCGAAUCUGCCGGUUUCUCGAAAUCCAACCCCUAUUACAUCGUUCCCCAGGGUCGAGUCACUGCCCUGACAAAUAUGAGGGAGUCAGAACGUCUGACACUGCUCAAGGAGGUUGCCGGAACUCAAGUCUACGAGGCACGCCGUGCCGAGUCGCUCAAGAUCAUGAACGACACAAACAACAAGCGCGAAAAGAUUGACGAGUUACUCGAAUAUAUCAAGGAACGUCUAAGUGAACUUGAGGAAGAGAAAGAGGAACUGCGAGGAUACCAGGACAAGGACAGAGAGCGCAGGUGCUUGGAAUAUGCCUACUAUCACAAAGAUCAGGUAGCUGUCCAAGAAGCCCUAGAAGAGCUCGAGGAGGCCCGACAAGGUGGAAUCGACGACACAGAUGAGAAUAGGGAAGCCUACACGGCUGGAGAGAAAGUCAUUGCACAACUCGAUGCAGAAAUCCACAAACUACAACAGCAGAUGGAAUUGCUUCGCAUUGAUCGUAGGCAGCUGGACGAGGACAGGCGAGAAAGUGCCAAGGCAAGAGCAAAGUCUGAGCUGGCUGUGAAGGCUUUGUCAGACAGCAUGUCUGCUCAAGACCAAGCCAAGCAACAGCACGAUGCUGAAUUGGCUCAGGUCAGAAAGGCUAUAACAUCGAAAGAGGCGGAGCUGGCCAAAAUUCUCCCAGAAUACGAAAAGAGAAAGACCAAGGAGUAUGAGAUCAAGCAAGAAUUGGACACUGCCGAGGCCGGGCGGCAGAGACUCUUCACGAAACAAACGCGAAGCAGCCAAUUUAGGAAUAAGGCCGAACGAGAUGCGUUCUUGAAGAAAGAGAUUAACGACCUGAACCUAACUCUCAGUCAACAGAAGGCUACUCGUUUAGACGCAGAGGAGGAGGUCAAGAACAAGCAGUCAUCCAUCAAGCAGCUCGAGAAAGAUGUCGCAAACUUGCGCUCCAAGAAUGAAGGCUUUGGCAACAGUCGCAUCGCCCUUGCCGAUGAAGUUACUGGUGCCAAGGACAAUUUGGAGAAGCUUCAAGAAGAGCGCAAGCUGCUGCGCCGCGAGGAGGAUAAGCUAGAUGCGAUCCUCUCCAAUGCUCGUAGAGAGCGAGACCGAGCCGAGCGUGAGCUUUCGUACACCAUGGAUGGAGAAACCUCCCGCGGUCUGGCGACGAUCAGGCGCCUCAGGCAAGAAAAAGACAUUCCUGGUGCAUUCGGCACACUGGCCGAGCUACUCGAUGUCAAUGAGGCCUACCGCGUUCCUGUAGAGCAGGUUGCUGGUGCCAGCCUGUUUCAUUACAUCGUCGACAACGAGGAGACAGCAACAUACUUCAUGAACGCGCUUCAGCGAACACGGGGCGGUCGUGUCACCUUUGCACCUCUUAGCAAGCUGCAUCCUCGUCCGGCCAAUCUUCCACGCGCGAAUGACGCUGUCCCUCUUGUGAGCAAGAUACAGUACGAUCCAACUUAUGACGCUGCGUUCCAGCAAGUGUUUGGGAGAACCAUCAUCUGUCCGAACCUGACCGUCGCUGGUCAGUAUGCCAGGAGUCACAACUGUGAUGCCAUCACGCCCGAGGGUGACACGACCAACAAGAGGGGUGCCAUGACCGGAGGUUACAUUGACCCAGGAAAGUCGCGUCUCCAGGCAGUUCGUAAUGCGACCAAGUGGAGGGAGGAGUACGAACAACUCCUGAGCCAAUCUUCAAGCAUCAAAAAGGAGAUUGAGAAAAAGGAGCAAGAGAUCACGUAUGCUACUGGUGAGCUUCGCAAGCGCGAGCAGAAGCUCCGACAAAUGGAUGACAGCUAUGGCCCGCUUCGGGCGGAGCUCAACGCCAAGAGUGUUCAGAUUGGCCGUGAGCAAGAUCAUCUGGAAGCCGCGAUCAAGCGACGUGAGACUGUCGAUAGAAACAUGAAGGAUUUUGGCGAUACGCUGAAUGCUCACGAAGCCGAACUCUCUUCGGACUUCAAAAAGGCUCUAUCAGCUAAUGAAGAACAGCAGCUCGAGAGCCUCAGUCAAUCUGUCCAAGACUUACAGAAGCAAUGGACAGAAAUUAGCAGAGCCAGAAGAGAACUGGAGGGCCGCAAGCAGAUUCUGGACGCCGAGCUUCGAAACAAUCUUCAGCUAAAGCUCGAUCAAUUGACAAGCCAAGCUUUUGAAAAUGGUGCAGGCGGCAGCAGCGGAAAUCUGAAAGAAGCUCAACGUGAGCUUAAGAAGGCCCAGAAAGCCGUUGCUUCAGUCGAGACAAGACUUCAAGAGAAUGAGCAGCAGAUUGAGAGCACGGAAGCCAACAUUGGCAAGCUGGAAAAACAGAAAGCUGCCAAGGACCUGGAACAACAGGAGCUCGCUCGAGAUAUCCAGAAGCAGCAGAAGAGAAUGGAGAAGGGCAUCCAGAAGAAGGCACUCCUCACAACGAGAGCCAUUGAAUGCGCCAAGAACAUUCGUGACCUUGGUGUACUGCCCGAAGAGGCAUUUGAGAAGUACGAACGACUGGAGUCGAAGAGUAUCGCUUCGAGGCUGAAGAAGGUCAAUGACGCGUUGAAGAAGUACAAGCAUGUCAACAAGAAAGCCUUUGAGCAAUACAACAGUUUCACAACUCAACAGGAUCAACUGCUCAAACGGCGCAAGGAGCUUGACCAGUCUCAAGAGUCCAUCGAGGAGCUUGUGGCUCAUUUGGAUCAGCGCAAGGACGAAGCCAUUGAGCGAACCUUCAAGCAAGUCUCCAAGGAGUUUGCCACUAUUUUCGAACGACUUGUACCUGCAGGUCAAGGCCGUCUCGUGAUUCAGCGCAAGGCCGACCGUCGAGUUGAUCCUGAAGAGUCUGACGAAGAACAACGUGGAAGCGUUGAGAACUACACUGGUGUUGGCAUCAGUGUGUCGUUUAAUUCAAAGCAGUUCGAUGAGCAGCAGCGCAUUCAGCAACUGUCCGGUGGCCAGAAGAGUUUGUGUGCUCUUUGCCUGAUUUUUGCCCUCCAACAAACAGAAUCCAGUCCCAUGGUUAUCUUUGAUGAGGUGGACGCCAACUUGGACGCUCAAUACCGGACGGCCGUCGCUGGUCUUCUCGACUCCAUCUCGAAGGAGGCGGGGACGCAAUUCAUCUGUACCACGUUCAGACCCGAAAUCGUCCUUGUUGCGGACAAGUGUUAUGGUGUUACCUUCAGGAACAAGAACAGUAAUAUCAACUGCGUCCCGACUGAACAGGCAUUGGACUUUGUGGAAGGUCAAGCUCCCCGAUGA